AUGAUUAGCAUUCUUAUUGACAUUUUUAAUUUGUUCCUUAGAGAUCUUUCGAGUUGUUCCCUGAAUACAAUUUCGGAAGACACUUUUAGGAACCUGACUGUUCUGGAGAAAUUAUACCUUGAUUUAAAUCCACUUGGACCAUCUCUGCUAUCAGAUAUCUUCGCUGGUUUUAUGGAUAUGAAAAGUCUUUCAAUGAACAAUUGCGACUUGGAAAAUAUCGCCAUUGGAACAUUUCGAUCAAUGCAACAAUUACAAGAACUUGAUCUGGGCUUUAAUAAGCUGACUCACAUAUGCAAGGGUACAUUGGAAGGACUUACCAAUCAACUUAAUAAAUUGUGGCUUAAUCAUAACAGAAUAAAGACCAUAGGGGACGAAACUUUUAAGCAACUCACUUGCCUCGAAAAAUUCACUUUGACGAAUAACCUACUGACCACCGUGCCAGAUUUGAAGGGACUCACAU